GUGCCGUCAUCAAUCGGAGCGAAGCAGCAUGAGAUUGAAGAUCAGUACCAGAAGCUUGUUAUGCUGGGUGAUACGAGAAGACGGAAACUUGAAGAAGCAUGUAAAGGCUAUCAGUUACUCCGUGAAGCGAAUGAUUUGGCAGAAUGGAUACGGUCAAGGGAAAUGAAUCAAAUUGCCACGGCACUCACAUCGGUCGGCCAAACUGAAACUGCCGUUCGAAUUCGACAGCAAAUUGAGGAUUUGAACGCGAGAUGGCGCGCUUUGGAAGAACAAACGGAGCAGCGUGAGCAGCAGCUCGGCUCGGCGCAUGAAGUGCAGCGAUUCCACCGUGAUGUGGACGAAACCAAAGACUGGAUCAUGGAGAAAGAUGAAGCACUGGAUUCCGAAGAUUUCGGUCGUGAUUUACGAUCCGUUCAAGCGUUGCAGAGAAAGCAUGAAGGCGUUGAACGCGAUCUUGCUGCGCUUGGCGACAAGGUUAGCCAGUAUCGCUGGUUUUUUAUCUGA